AUGCCAGCGCGGUUCUUCGGCGGUUCUCAGAUGUCGAGCAGGCGCCCAACAAGAAACCGUAACUGCGGUCAAAUAAUUCUGUAUGAUCACCGUGACCACUUCUUGUAUGCUUCUGUAGCUUGUGUGUUGUCGAAACAACCGGCUGCACGUUUUUCCUACUGCUUUAAACACGACCACAUCGGAAGAGUAGUGAUUUUCGCAGCCCCUCUGCUUCAACCCGGCGCUAGUUUGAGCACUUUUCGUUGUAACCCAGACUAUCACGAUUCUGCGGCAACUUUCUACCAAGUCGUUUGCAAGAGAAUGUCACCUGUGCUUCAAUUAUACCAACGUAAUGCCUUCAGUACGAGCGUGACUACCAGGCAGACUGCCUGGGCGCUCGCACUUUUCUGUGUUUCGAUGCUCAUUCUCUGGAUGUCUGCUAAAGAUAGUCUGGGAAGGCCUCGCCCAGAGUACAACUUACAUACGCCAACAGAACUGAGCACCUUUUCGUUUUUUGUUGAAUUCGACGAACCUGUAGCCAUGCGCAUUGUCGAUUCUGCAUAUUAUGAUAUCGACACCGAACAAGGUGCUCAAGAAUGGGCCCAGUUACUACCUGCCAACGGUCACACUGUUCACAUCGCUGAUGAAGAUGGUGUACCGCAUGUUCACACCGUUUCACUCUUCCAUAGCCUCAAGUGCCUUGAUAUCGUUCGGCGGCAGUUCAUUACCACUCCAGUCCAAACCCCACCUCCCAUUUUGAUCAGGCAUUGCUUGCAGUACCUUCGGCUCACCUUUCUUUGUCAACCGAGUCUCUGGCUUGAGCCCGCCCAUGACCUGGAAGGACAUGUCGUUCGAGAUUAUGAUGCUGUAUGCAGAGACUGGACCUUGAUUUAUAGCGAAGCAGAGCGCAAUCAGCGCUCGUACAAUUAUUGGGCAAAGAUGAACACCAACUCCACUUCGACAUAG